AGCCUUGCUCUCCUCCUGCAAUUGGUAGCCCGUUGCGGUUCACUGCACGGCGGAGGCGCCCCCGCGUGGCGGGCAGGAGGAGCGCGGGCGCCGCGGGGGGUUUAAAAGCCCCCGACUGAGGAGGAGCUGCCCACAGUACCAAGGAGCUCCACACCGGGAAAAGUUUACCUCAAACUAUCACAGGCAACCUAAAGGAGGAAGAAACAGCAGAGAUGGCAACUCAAGCACAGCAGACGCCCCACCUGCACCUGGCUGAGCUCACCGCAGCGCAGUUCAUCGACAUCUGGAAACAUUUUGACGCAGACGGAAAUGGUUAUAUCGAAGGGAAGGAGCUAGAGAACUUCUUCAAAGAGCUGGAGACCGCGAGACGAGGAGCAGGCGUGGAUCCAUCGCAUGCUUCGUUCAAAGAGAAGAUGACGGAGUUCAUGGCCAAUUUUGACAUGAAUGCUGAUGGGAGAAUUGAAAUGUCAGAGUUAGCUCAGAUUCUGCCCACAGAGGAAAACUUCCUGCUCUGUUUCAGAGAGUUUGUGGGAUCCAGCGCUGAAUUCAUGGCAGCCUGGCGGAGGUAUGACACUGACCGCAGUGGAUACAUUGAAUCGAAUGAGCUGAAGGGUUUCCUGUCGGACCUGCUGAAGAAGGCUAACAGAAACUACGAUGACAAGAAGCUCAACGAGUACACACAGACAAUUCUAAGGAUGUUUGAUCUUAAUGGUGAUGGUAAGCUGGGCCUCUCUGAGAUGGCAAGGCUCUUGCCAGUGCAGGAAAAUUUCCUGCUCAAGUUCCAGGGCAUCAGGCUCAAAGUUAAAGAAUUUGACUCCCUCUUCACCUACUAUGAUAAGGAUGGUAAUGGGUAUAUUGAUGAGCAGGAGCUGGAUGCUUUGCUGAAGGACCUCUGUGACAAGAACAAAAUGGACGUGGACUCAACAGGACUGGUGGGGUACAAGAAGAGCAUCAUGGCUCUGUCUGACGGAGGGAAACUGUACCGCACUGAGCUUGAGAUCGUCCUCUGCCGGGACUCCACGCUGUGA